UCCGCUUUGCGGAUCAUAGACAAGUUGGAUGUGUGAGAAAUAGUUAGAUCUACACACACAUCCAAUCUAGUUUCUGCCAUAUUGCUUUCACCUAUUCAGCCUAAUCAUUUCGGUGAAAGGGAGUGAGCGAGGAGGCAAGGGAGGAAGCAUCGUUUUGGAAUGAAAUAUAGCCAGUGUGCGGCGAAAAACUCCCAAACUUCUGCGCACGUAAACAUCGCAAACAUUUAUUCAAUGUACAAUAGAAUGCUGGCGAAAGAUGGAAGUUCCGUUGUUUUGAAGUCUUUCUUGACGACGAGCUGCUGAUGGCAUAGUGGUGUGAGUAAUGGCAUGGCCCAGAGUCCCAUGCCUCCUGCUGAUCCUGCUGCUCCUACUACACACCUGCUUACCUCAACCAGGCCCUCCAUCUCCUCCCUCCGCUCCCCAGUGUCACAUCCCCUAUACGGAGGGACAACAGGCAGAUAUCCACUGUUUCUGGGAUCCAGGACAGAACCCACAGAUCCCCACCUCCUACAGCCUGCACUGGAAUUCUACAGAGGGCAUUAGCAGCGUGGUGGAGGGCACCAAUGUGAGUGGCGUGAUCCCUCGUGAACUUUACACCAGUUACAGUGACCUGACUGUGUUGGUCAAAGCUGCGAACCAGCAUGGCUCUGCCACAUCUACAAUGGCUGCCUUCAACACUGGAGAUAUCAAAAAGCCACCCACCCCUGAAAUCACUCACCAUUGCCCUCAGCCCCUGGAGAUCUACUGGAUUGUGCAGUGUGAGGAUCAAGGCAGCUCUGACCAACUGUGUGAGGUCCAGUAUCGCCCCCAGGACCAGCAGGGCUGGACUCAGGAAGAGGACAUCCUACGCAGCUUCCUACUCCUGACUCCACGGCCCUACACUGUUUAUGAGUUCCAGGUGCGCUGUGCCUGUGAGGGCCCUCAGGCCCCGAUGAGUGACUGGAGCUCAGUCUACAAAGCAUGGAGUUCUGAGUCAGCGCCUGUGAAAGCAUUGGAUGUGUGGAGUGACUGUGGAGUCACCUCUGAGCUUUCUCAAUGUGUCCUUAUGUGGAAGGAGAUGCCCACCUGGUUGGCUCAGGGGAAGGUGCUGGGGUACGUGGUGACAUUAUCAUACAGUAACGGGACAGUGGCGGUUGUGAACGUGUCCAUGUCAAAGCCUGGUGGCCUUUGUGUCUGUCAAGAGAAGAGAUGCCGCUUCACACCCUCUCUGUGGGGUGUAUCAGGGGUGGAUGUGUCCGUCUACAAUUCCCAGGGUGCCAGCAAACCUGCUCCCCUAGCUCUACCCACAUCAGGUCUACAGGUGCCAGAGCUAUCCUUCACUGUGAACCAGGAUAUAUUGAGCCUCAAUGUAUCCUGGUCCCUGCCACCCCAGCCCAUUGAAAACAUGCAUGAGUAUGUGGUGCAGUACAAGCAGGUGGGACUUCCUCCGACACAGGGCUUUGAUUGGAUUAUAGUGCACCAAAAUCAUACGUCAGUCAUUUUAAGAGGUGAUUUUGAGAACCACACUGCCUACAAUGUGUCAUUGUUUGCAGUGUUCAUCAACAGUAGCUGCCUGCUUGCGUCUGCAAUCUCGUAUUCUCUUCAUGGACUCCCACCCAAAGUGACUGAGUUCAAGGUUCAGCACAUCUCUGACUCUCAAGUGACUUUGUCCUGGCAACACAUCUCCCUGACCCAGAGUAAGGGCCUCAUACUGUGCUAUCAGCUGGUAUUAAACAACGUUACAGUGUACAACGUGAGUAGGGACCAGAACAGCCUCCAUCUGUUAGGACUUACAUCUGGUCACCACCAGGUUUGGAUCAGGGCUGAGACUAAGGCUGGACUGGGACCCAGUGAAACCAUCAACUUCUCUACUGAGAACAGCCAUGGUUUCCUCAAAUAUCUGGUGCCAGGAAUAAUAGCAGGGAUGUUGCUAUUGAUCAUCAUAAUUGUACAAAUGAAGACUUGUGCGAAAGUGCCUGACCCCAGCAACAGCAAACUGCUCCAACAGAUGAAGUUGCAGUUUAACAGCUCCUUGACGGCGAUCUUCUCUCCUCUGGAGUCUAACCCAAAGAUCUCUGAGCUGGAGGUGGUGGAAAACCCUUUCUGGGAUGCCAAUGCCUGUCCUAGGAAAAGGUCCAGCCCUGAUGGACAGACAGAGGGGGUGGUGGGAGAGGAGCGCACACACAUAAGGACUGAUGAAGAGGCGGAAAAGGAGGAGGAUGCUGACAAGGGUUACAGUAGAAUUAUUGAUACUGACGAGGAGGAGAGGGAUGGGGGAGAGUCCGGAAGCUUGUUGGAGGACGAUCAGUUUGUUUCGGACUAUGAGAAGCAUUUCAUGCCUGUGGUUGAAUGACCCUACUGUCUGUCUGGUGUGGUGCUACUGAACAACUCUUUUGGUGUGUGUAUGUUCUCCUCAUUGCAACGACAAGACAGCCAUUGUUCAGUUGGAACCCCAAGGGCCAAACAGGUCAAUUGUGUGCUAUUGUGCUUGUUGAUCUAGAUGCAGAUCACUACUAAUUACUAGUUUGCAGCUAGAGUUUAUGUCGACUGAAUGCAAAGACCGACAACCGCCAAAACAUUUAUUCUAUAAGAACAUUUCUGGACUCUGAAGUAUCCAUUCUAACCACAAAAGACUCCAGGGAUGUAAAGAGAAGUUUGGAUGAACUUUCCAACAGAAAGACGGACGAUUCCAACAGAGAUCAUGACGACACACUGAACAUAAAUAUAUAUAUUGAUUGCAAUUAUUCCCGAAUGAGUGAGCGUUUAUGUGCAAAGGAUUAGCAUUUCAAUUGUUAUAAUUAUCAACCGUGUAGUGUCUUUUGUCUUUCGUGCCCUUCUCAGUCCCUUUGUCUACCAAGCCGCGAUACCGGUUUAGCCCACUAGGGCACAUCCCUUAUCGUUUCCUUGUAACCGUAUCUUCUGUUUGUUUGUUAUGCAUGUCUGUGAUUAUUUAGUUAGUAACUUAAUUAUUAAGACAAUUGAUGUAUGGAUGAUUCAUAGUGAAGGCUGGGUUUGUGCAGAUAACCAACCAUUUACGAUGUUUGGAAUGAGACUAACGUGAGAUAAAUAAUAAUUCAUUAAUUAGAAGACUAAUUGAUCAGAUAUUGAAAAUAUCUGAAAAGUUAUAUUAGGAAAAUGAUAACUUUGUAAUCGGAAGAUUUUCCUUGGUGCCCCGACUUCCUAGUUAAUUACAUUUACAUGAUUAGUUAAUCACAUAAUAAUAAUUACAGAGAAUUGAUUUGAUAAAAUAACAGUCUUCAAUUUAAUGAUGCCAAAGACACAACACAAUGUCUACAUUGUUCAGUUUGAACUACAACUGUCAAUCAUGUCUGCUCAUGAGGUCAGAUGAAAUGCUAUUUCAGAAUAGCAUAGUUUAACUUUUUUAUACAAAACUGUUUUUGAAAGUUAAUUGCUGUUAUUUUAAUUUUAAAUUUGUAUAUCUAGCUAAAUAAUAACUAUUUCCCUUUUGAGACACCUUAAAAAAAAUGAAACUGGCCUCUCACCAUGGUCAACUUGAAGUUCCCUUACUUCGACAAACGUCUAUGGAAAGUGAAUGGGAGAAGAUAUUGAAGCCUGAGCCUUGCAAUUCAGUCGGACUGACGUUUUUGGAGAAAGUGGACCUGUUUUUUACCGGACCCAUAUGUGGUUUCAGGAUGGGUGGGAAACAGGUGGAAAAGUAUCCGUUGUCAUACUUGAGUAAAAGUGAAGAUACUUUCAUAGAAAAUGACUCAAGUAGAUGUGAAAGUCACCCAGUAAAAUACUACUUGAGUAAAAGUAUUUGGUUUUAAAUAUACUUAAAUAACAAAGUAAAUUUAAAUUCCUUAUAUUAAGCAAACCAGACGACACCAUUUUCUGGAUUGUUUUAUUUAUGGAUAGACUGAGGCACACUCAGCACUCAGACAUCAUUUACAAACAAAGUAUAUGUAUUUAGUGAGUCUGUCAGAUCAGAGACAGUAGGGAUGACCAGGGAUGUUCUCUUGAUAAGUGUGUGAAUUGCACACUUUUCCUGUCCUGCUAAUCAUUCAAAAUGUAAUUUUGGGUGUCAGGGCAAAUGUAUUAAGUAAAUAGUACAUUAUUUUCUUUAGGAAUGUAUUGAAAUAAAAGUACAUAAAAAAAAAAUGUUAAUAGUAAAGUACUGAUACCCCACAACCUACUUAAGUGAUAUUUUUGGCCUUCCUGUGACAUCAGGUGCUGUUGGUGUCCUGGAGGGCGGGUAGUUUGCUCCCGGUAAUGCAUUGGGCAUACAGCACCACCAUCUGGAGAGCCUUACGGUUUCGGGAGGUACAUUCGCCGUACCAGUCGGUGAUACAGCCCGACCGGAUAGUCUCAAUUGUGCAUCUGUAAAGGUUUGUGGGGGUUUUAGGUGCCAAGACAAAUUUCUUCAGCCUCCUGAGCUUAAUGAUGAGCUUUGAGGGUUAUAUAAUGUUGAAUGCUGAGCUAUAGUCAAUGAACAGCAUUCUUACAUAAGUAUUCCUUUUGUCCCGAUGGGAUAGGGCAGUGUGCAGAGUGAUGGCGAUUGCAUCGUCUGUGGAUCUUUUGUGGCGGUAAGCACAUUGAAAUGGGUCUAGGGUGGCAGGUAAGGUAGAGGUGAUAUGAUCCUUGACUAGUCUCAAAGCACUUCAUGAUGACAAAGAUGAGUGCUACUGGGCAAAAGUCAUUUACAGUACAUAUGAGAUGUUACCUUUGCUUUCUUGGGUACAGGAACAAAGGUGGCCAUCUUGAAACGUGUAGGGACAGCAAACUGGAAUAGGGAGAGAUUGAAUAUGCCCGUAAACACACCAGCCAGCUGGUCUGCGCAUGUUCUGAGGAUGUGGCUAGGGGUGCCGUCUGGGCCGGCAGCCUUGCGAGGUUUAACACGUUUAAAUGUUUUACUCACGGCGGCCACGGAGAAGGAAAGCUCCACAGUCCUUGGUAACAGGCCGUGUCAGUGGCACUGUGUUAUCCUCAAAGCGGGCGAAGAAGGUGUUUAGCUUGUCCAGAAGCAGGAUGUCGGUGUCAGCAAUGUGGCUGGUUUUCCUUUUGUAGUUCGAUGUAGCUGGUUUUCCUUAGGUAGCUCAUCCAUAUAUUUAUAUGUACAUAUUCUUAUUCCAUCCCUUUACUUAGAUUUGUGUGUAUUAGGUGGUUGUUGUGGAAUUGUUAGAUUACUUGUUAGAUAUUGCUGCACUGUCUAAACUAGAAGCACAAGCAUUUCACUACACUCGCAAUAACAUCUGCUAACCAUAUGUAUGUGACCAAUAAAAUUUGAUUUGAUUGUCUGA